CCCAGCUCGGUGAUUGGUUGAAUGCAGAGUGUCAAGGUCAAAGUGCAGGGAAUGCUGGGAGACCAUGUAGAGGUUUUUGGACGGUGUUACAGACUUGUUUCCUCGGUAAAACUUGCUGAGACAAAUCAGUGAAGUGGACAAUGGCGUCUGACCUGCUCAAAUUCCUGCUGGCGUUAGGACUCAUGCAUCAGGUUCAUGGCGAAACUCACCAACACGUACUCACCCUUAUCAAAGACAAGCUCAGCCGUGAUGUCUACAAUCCCCGGGUUCGACCUGUCAAAAACAGUUCGGACACCACGAUCGUCACCGUCGACAUUGUUCUCGAUUCCAUCUUCAAAGUUCAUGUCAAGUCGGAUAUGUUGUACUUUAAUGAGAGUAUAUGUUUCGUUUGGACUGAUGAGUUUCUGACCUGGAAUCCUGAAGACUAUGGAGGUAUACAGUCCAUAAACCCCAGCCCAAUGAUGCUCUGGCUACCUGUCGCUUAUUCAAUGCACAAACCCGAGAAAAAACAUCCCCUUGAUAAUUUUAAAGGCCUGGUGACUGUAUAUCAUAAUGGACUUGUCGUUUGGAAUCCUGAAACUCUCCCGUUAGAUACGCGCUGUGUAAAAGGUUUGUUUGACCAUCUGGAGUGCCAAGUACAGUUGUCGUCUAAGAUACACCCAGCAUCUGAGCUGGUAUUUGUGAUGAAGAGAGAUCUGUUGGAGACCCACCGCGACACUACCGAUGUCGGCUGGAGGGUUCUACACACCAAUACUACCAUCAUCAACAAAACAAUGCCGCCAUCGAAACUCACCUUCUCGACGAUCCAGUUUGACUUCACAAUCAAGCCUUUGUUUUCACAUAUUGAUGUGAUGGUUAUCUGUUCAAUGGCCAUGUUUUCUUUUCUCUGUGUGUUGAUAAAUGGCUUAAUUCCAGAUAAGAAAACUAAAUUUUCAAUGGUUUCACUAUUGGUGAUUGGGCACGGCUAUUUUGUGUGCUAUAGUAUACACGGUAUAAUAGAUGUGGCCCGCCUACUGAAUUUUCCACUUACCCUUUUCAUUAUUUCUGUGAUGAUGGAGUAUUUGGUGGAAAUUUUAGAGCGGGAUCAGGAAGAAAAGGAUCGUCUAAAAGAUGUGAAUACAAAGGCCACAUCUCGAAAUCCUGUCGCAUCGAAGAAAAACUCAUCCAACACGGCCGAGGAAAAUGGCUGGGAUUUCGAAUUAACCGCCAAAGAUGCUAACGCCCACGGCAAGAUAAACAAACUCAAACGCUACAAAAAAAUGGCGGAGAAUUUUAAUUGGGUUUCUUCUUUCUUUUUCUGCGCAUCAUGGUUGUGUGCAGUAGCCUUCAUAGGAUAUGAAUUGAUGUUUUAGAAUGUCGUGUUACUCUCGUUUCCUUGAAGGCCGCCAUUGCUUUAACUGAACAAAGUUAAGCUAAAAUUCAAUUUAUUAUUUAUUUAUUGUUUUGUCUCAAGGUCAAAUAGUAAAUUUAGUUUAUCUGGGUUUUUUCAAAAUCAUCUUUGGAACAUUUAUAUUUAUAUUAGAAUUGUUCAUUAAAACUGUAUAAUAAAAAUCAUUGUCUCUUAGUUCAACUAACAUUAUUCUGCUUUUACAGAUGUAUAAUAUUAUUUUGAAAUAUAUACACCUUUAUAAACAUGCUCUGUUUAUUUUAAAUCAGGUAGCAUUAAAACGACUUUCACUUAGGUAGAAUUGAAAUUACCUUAACAACAAUAAUUAUAUUUUUAAAAUCUUUAUGAAAUCUAAAUAAAACGAUUGCUUUGUUGAUAAUUUAAGGUACCCAAAAGAGCUUACUCAAAGAGUGUGUCGAGUGAACACGAAAUUAAGCUUAUUACCUAUGUACAUAAAAAAUAUAUAAUUGAAAUGCUAGAUAACUUCUAGGGAGUCAGCUUUUUAAAUUAUUUUUUAAAAUUUGAUCUCGCUUUUUAAACUUGAACCAUGGAGGAAGCUAUUACCAUCUUGAUUUUUUAUUUACCCAAGAACAACAUUAUCAUUUUCAGUAGAUAUGAAUUUUCAUGUCCAGAAUAUUAUUUAGUCAUCAAAUGCUACUUGAUUACUGUUAUUGCCAUAAUUACAUCUACACGUUUUUCAAUUGAUCUAAACAUAAUUUUAUCAACAUUUAAAACAUGAACUGAUAUAGAAAUUCAUCGCUAAACUAAUGUUAAAUAAAUUAACAAAUUUUCCAAAAUUUUUUAAAAAGAAUUGUGUGGUCAAUGUCAUUUUGGUUCUGGCUCAAUACAACACUGAUCAACACAAAAAUUUGUAACAUUUCAAAUUGUUUCUAAAUUAUUUCGAUUAAUGAAUUACGUAACAUAAUUUUUAAAAAUAUAAUAUCACAGGUAUAAUCAAUUUAGGCUAUCUACAUACUUUAACUUAGAGUUUGAAUUGACCUAAGGAUAAAAUUGUGAGUUGUUUUUCUUGAUGUUAACGCUAUUCAAAAAGAGCUAAAGCUUUCGUGAUUACUUAGAAAAAACACAUUAAUUGCUCAUUUGUACUAGAAAUUAGAGCCCAUUUGGAGUUACAUUUAUCAUUUGCUGUUAUGGUUCUUGGGACGCAUGAAAAACCUUGGCUCAUUCUUUUUCUAAAAACCAUAAACUACUCCAUAUCAUAUAACCAAUGCUUAUUUUAUUAGUCGAUACAAUUAUUUAUAAUAACAUAUGUUGCAUAUGUAUUUUUAUUCAAGGUCAAAGCAUGCAACUUUUAUAUAAAAGUAAUUAUUACUAUAUAAAAACAAGUUUAUUAACAAAAUGUAGCUUUUUAAAGAUAAUUUUGUAGUUCUUGCUACAAUUAUGUAUUAUCUGUCUCGGUAUUUGAAUAAUGAGCAUACUAUUUAAAUGAUAUAAACUCACUUUUAACAAAUUAUAUCGAUUCGUUCUUGUGAAACAUUCAGUAUUAUUUCAAAGUCUUUAGUCCAUUGCUGCUACAAGUUUGAAAUAAGGAUUAGUAAAAAAUAUAUAUCUUAAAUUCAGCAUAACCGUAUGUUAAAAUUCUUUUAUAUUUUUCAUAUGUAGGAAAUAAAUAAGACAAACAAAAUUACAUAUUUUCCAAUACAAAUAUAGCAACCAACUGUUUGCAUAAUUUUCGGCGGAAAUGAAUGAAAUCAUUAUAAUAUUUAAGUCUAAUUGAAAUUUCCUUUCAUAAAUCUUUCUUGAAGGUUUAAAGUUGUACACAAACUGUUGUCAGAUUUACUAAAGUAAACUUAAGUUCACUGAUUAUUUACUCUACAUAUUACUAUAGUUAUGCUUUUGUUAUAGAAGUUGUGUUUUUUAAUUUUAAUUUAGUAGUUUGAUAGAUGCUUUUAUAUCAAGCUUUUUAAAUCUACCUUUAAAGAUUUUUAAUUUAAAAUUUAUUUCAGAAUUUCGAUAAGUGCCAUUUCGAUUCAACGGCUACAGUACCUGUUCAUUUGAUAGAUAUGAUUUCAAAGACAAUGUUUCUUAAUUUAAAUACGCUGAUUUAUUUAAAAUUACAAACAUUUUAUUGCACGUUCACAUGCCCCCCCCCCCUCCCAUCCCCCGCUACUGAACAUCUCCUACUGUUAAGUUUGGUUUAAUAUAUAUUUUUGUGGUAUUUUAAAUUGAUUUUGUACGUUGAAUUUUUUUUCGUGCAUCUAUUUUAUACAUGGAAACAAUAUCUAACAAACAAAUAUGUAGAAUAAUUUUGGACAUAAUUAAAUAUAGAUGAUAUAGCAAAAAUAAAUAAUGAAAACAGUUUCAAUAAAUGUAUUGUUAUAUUAGUUG